AUGUCAAGCCAUCAUCCAACAAGGCAGCAACAGCCACAGUCCAGCAAUACAACAUCCUCCUCCUCAUCGAAUCACUGGUUAAGCAACAUACUGCGUUCACGCGCUUCAUCCGUCUCUGUAGAGUCCUGUCUCAAUCUAUCUGCCAGAGAUCCUUCACAGCCACUGGACGCUCGACCAGUUUUACCUUUACUCGAGCAAUCGCAACCGCUCGCCUCUCGCUGCAAACACUUGGCUGUGUUCUCUGAUAUAUGCAAAUCAUACCGCUUCACUCAUUUGGAGAACGUCUUUUUCACAGUGCAAGAUAUUCUAGAUGCAAGCAUGCCUCGAGAAGCACGACAUGGCGUGUUUGAGUUUAUGCUGGCAUGUAUUGAGGGCCAGUACACAGACUUGGGUAUGGCUCGUGUGACCUUUUACGCUUCUCUGCGCAACUACACCCAUUGGGAAGAUUUCAGCAACAUGUACCGAGUCUUGCAUAAGCUGUGCAAGGAAGGAAGAGACAUAUCCGGGUUUGAAAAGAACGUAGCAAAACUGCUGAUUCACUGGAUCAACAUUGCCAUUCAACAACCACACAAAAAGGACGCUGCGGUGCCUCACUUGAGCGAUCUGUUACACUUGCUCACUGCCAUUGCUAAAUUCAACUUUGCCCUGUUUGAGGAAUACGAAGUGACACAAAUGAUUGCAGCUACACAUAAAGCAUUCUUCUCGACGCAUGACGUGGGUGAUAUGGGAUCGUGUCUCGAUUUUGCUGAUAUCGUGGUAAGAUACAGAUUUGUGCCGUUUGAAGCCUUGUCCCUGUUUCUAGACAUGGUUUCUGCUUCCGUCAUGCUGGUGCCUGUGGAACUGCAAAAGUCAAAGUCAUGGCCUAUUUUCCAAAACUUGCUUCGAUCUCAUUGCGCUCAUUCAGCCAUUCUGACAUUGUGUCGAUUCUUGGAUAAGGAACCCAGCAAAGUGGAUGCAGACAACAUCUUGAUCAAGGGCGCCAUGACCUUGCUGAGCGAAAUCGCAUGGGGAAAAAGUAGAUCUGGCGCAGAGGUGUACAUGGUGUCGGAUUCAGUGAUACUGAUGUACAUGAGACGAGCAGCCAGCAAGGGGAAUGAUGGGGUCAAUGGCACUAUUUUACAGUGUUUGUCUGGAUUAGUGGAUACGGCAGAGAAUACACCUAGUUUGAUGGAAUGGGAUGCUAUAUGGGAUAUUGUGGAUGCCAUCACAGCUUAUAUACUCAAAAUCACAGACAACAACAGCAACAGUGAUAUCAAGCUAUUCAGUGUGACAGAGUCUGCUGCUUUAUCCUCGUUGCACAGCAUCCGACAAUUUGCUCACUUUAGCAACAUCAUUAUCCGUUUAUACCAGAGCAAGCAGUACAAGGGCCCGCUCACUCGAUUCAUGCAAGUGCUGUACCAGCUGCGUGCAUACUGUUGCGAUAAUACAGCUUCCAUCCUGUUGGACUACUAUGUCAUGGAGCACUCGUUCUUACCAUCUACCGAGCAUUGGCUGAAGCUACUGCAAGAGGUCACCAGCACCUUUUUCAUUCACGCCAGCCCAACAACAACCACUUCAGCGCUUCGAUUGAGGAUGCUGGAUAUCGUAUCAGACGUUUGCAUUUCGGUCAAAGACUUUUAUUCUGAAGUCAUGUAUGAGGCAAUUGUGAUCCCCAUGAUGCAAAAGCUACCCUUGGAAACAGAUGCCAACAUCCGCCAACUAGCCAUCGACUUGCUAGCGUCUUCUUUGUCAGACUGCCAGAACGAAGCGAUAUUUGACAAGCUGAUUCAUAUACUAAGAGACUGUGCCCAAUGCCAUUGUGUCAGUCCAGAGGACCACCACCAACAGUACGCUCACCACAGUCAGCAGCCUACCAAUAGCAAACUCACUUCGAUGCGUAUGGCGGCGCACUCACCACACUCACCACACUCUCCGCAAACACAUCGUCAACCUUCCACCUCUACGACCACCACGACAACAUCGUCCUCAUCGUCCUCGACUGCGACCAUUACAAACGCAUCCAUGGCUCACAAACAACACAGUGCAUUUGUCGCCGAUACAGCAACAGACGAAUUCUUUAGCGGUGGCUUCUGUAUGGGUGUGCCUGCCAUGUGUGGCAUAUCAGACGUAUUCGAGAACCUGUUACUGGCUUCCAAUGGAAAACUGUGCUUCAAAACGUUCAACAUUAUCACAGAGAUUGCCAAUGAUCGCUCUGAUCUAUCAUGUCCUUAUGGUGGCCCCAAGAUUGUUGCUUUGGAUCUAUUACUGAGAUUUCGAUGCCCUACAAACCAUCAUAUCUAUCUCAUUGAAGACAAUGUGGAGGAAGAAAACAGUGUCAUUGCUGCUAUUCGCUUACAGCAACAAAAGAAGCGACAAGAAGCUGAAGAGAAGAAAUCGAGCCAAAUGUUCAUGCCUGGCCCCAUCAUCAACAGCAACAGCAUCAGCAGAGCACAGCAACAAGGCCAGCAAGCAUCGCCACACAAGAAGGCUGUAUUCCACCCCAGCCCACAUGUCUUUUCUUACAACGAAAGCCCUCAAUCUGAAUCAGAGGCCGUGUUGGACAUCAAUGAGAUGCUAAAAUCUUAUGUACGCGUGCUCUCUCACUCACCCAACUGGGUUGUGGUUUUGUUCGUCCUCAAGCGAUUAUCACAACAACUCAGCAACAAGCAUCUAUUCUGUGGCGCAUCGCCCUACAUCAACAAACUGCGUCGUCGACUCGUCAAAUGGACCAGCACUCGUAAGUUUCUGGAGCAAAUAACCAACUUACCUCCUCAUAUCAAGCGCAAUGAUUUGAAUGUCUAUGCUUAUAGUUUGCUGACGGUACUGAUCUCUUAUCGACGUAUCUUUACUGAGCCAAAGCAAGACCAGGACGAAAUUGUGUAUGCUUUUUAUGUGGGCAUCAUGCAAGUGACCAGUGCUACCAGGCUCUGCAUCAAUUCGUUGGCUGUUUGCUGCCACGAAAUGCCACUCUCUGUAGCCAAGAUGCUCAACGAAAUCUUGCAGCGCAUGUCUCAGAUCAUCUCGGUCAGUAGUGUCUCGGUGCACAUCCUGGAGUUUCUGUCUGCUCUGGCGCGCCUGCCCAACCUGUACGCCAACUUUACAGGCGACAUGUACAAGCCCGUGUUUGCCAUUGCGCUCAACUACUUGCAGCAUUCGCAUUCCCAGCAGCAGCAACAACCCUCUCCCAUCAGCACGCCCUCUGCUUCACCCAUGAUUCCUGGUCAGGCGUCGGGCCAAAAGGAGGUGAGUCAAGGUGCUCUUAAGCAGUAUGUCUUGAUCAUGGCAUAUUUGGUGAUUACAGUGUGGUUUACUGCUAUUCCGUUGCGCGAGAGACGCAAGCACGUACCUUUUAUCAUCCAGCGCUUGCUGAGUGGCAUCUCUAUGGGCAAAUCGAUUGACGAGCAAACCUACACCUGCAUUGACAUGCUCUCACGAUUCACUUUUGCCGAUGUCAGUCUUGCUCCUCAAAAGUCCAUUGUCUCCAAAAUCCUGAUGGGUGAUGGCGAUACGGUAUCUGCACCUUCUGUCAAGCAAAGCCAGCGUACAUGGGUCUAUGGCCACACACUAUUAACACUGAGAACUGCUAAAUCUCUGGGCUGGGUGGAGGUCACUAUUCGCAGGCCCUCAGGCACCGUCUCCAUGAUGUGCUAUGUGGAGAACAAGAUCAAAUCAGAGGACAUUGAUUAUCGCACGUUGCCUGCUCUUUUGAUGAUGCAGUAUCAGCCUGACUUGAUGGCAUCCAAGAUCAUGAAAGACCGCAAAGAGGAAGAAGAGCUGUUGUUGAAGCAAACACUCAUCAAGAAACCCGAGGAGAGCGAGGAUUGCCAAAAUCAGCAGCAGCAACAGCAGCAGCAGGAAGAAGGGCUAGGCAUCACUUUUGACGAUGAUGCCAUUGCCAAGCAGCAAUUCCCCAUCAGUACACCCACUCGCAGACUCUCUGAUCAAGCCGUAGUAAGUGCUACAGUAGCUACGCGAUCAGAAGGAUUGGUCAUGGCACCCUCUGACUCAUUAGAGCAGAUCCCUCCAUCACCAUCGUCUCCUCCUCCCUCUGCUCCUGGUGGAUCCAGUACCGUAUCACCUACCCCUGCUGUUACCCGUCGACCCUCCGUGUCUCAAAAGGGUCUCAUCGAUCUCCUGAACAAGGACUCUGAAUCAACGAUUGAUACUGUCAACACCAGCAGCCCAUCAAUUGCUACAGAGAGCGCUAUUGAAGAAGAGGACGAACGCGUCAGUAGAAAAGCAAUUGAUGCAGCCGUGCGUGAAGUGUUGUCAGACCCCAAGCCUAGCAACAAGUCAACUGCAGCAGCCAACAACCCAGUAAUGCAACUUCGCAAGACAGAACCCUCCAUUGACCCCGGAUUCCUGUAUUUGCAGUUCAACAACUACCCAGACAUUGCUCGCGCCAUUGACGUAUCACCACCACUUCCGGAUGAUGAAGCUACAGCAAGAACUUUGGCCACAUUUGACCGUAUCCCUGUGGUAGACUUUCACAAGAUUGGUGUAUUGUAUGUAGGAAAGGGCCAAACGCACGAAUUAGAGAUCUUGGCAAACACAUAUGGCUCUCCUGACUAUGUGCGCUUCCUUAAUGCACUUGGCACCAUCCAGCGCCUGCACGGAUUCUCUGGUAACACGGGUGGUCUGGAUCGUGAGAUGGACAUUGAUGGCCGUUAUGCUUACUUUUGGAAGGACGAUGUAACAGAGGCAGUGUUCCAUGCAGCCACCAUGAUGCCCACCAACCUGGAACGAGACCCUCAGUGCAGUGCCAAGAAGCGACAUAUUGGUAAUGACUAUGUUUCAAUUGUAUACAACGACUCGGGCAUGGACUAUGCAUUUGACACCUUGCCAUCGCAAUUCAAUUUCAUCAACAUUGUUGUGUCGCCUCAUUCCAUCUCUACAGAAGCUGUAUCGCCCACACAUGCGCUCAUCGGCGCAGAGAACUCGUUCUUCAAGGUGGAGAUGCAACGCCGACCUGACAUGCCCGACAUUGGACCGUUGAGCGAGCCUAAACUUGUCAGUGCGCAAUCUCUGCCUGGAUUUGUACGCCAAGCUGCCAUUCAUGCCAAUAUCUUUGCUCAGGUGUUUUGGCAAAGCGCAAGUGCUGGUGGAAAGCGAGAGUAUGUAUCUCACUGGAGAGAGAGAUUAAAGCAGAUUCAGCGUGUCAAAGAGAGAUUGGCAGGUAAAUCUGCAUCAGCAGCAGGAGCAGGAGGAACAGCUUCAGCUUCAGCAACUCCCAAUCUGGAUCACACAAUGAGCAGCGCUGGUAAGACGAGUAAAGAUGGAUAUCCCUACGAAGCCUUGCUGGAUUUCACAAAAUAUACAUGA